AUGUAUCGGUCACAUCCUCUCUCCGCAUAUUUGCGCUCAAUACGCCAUCGACCUUACUUUCGCAGCGUUCUCUAUGGCUGCCUAUUAAUUGCUUCGGUCUAUGUUCUGUACAGCUUCGUGAAUCCUACCUAUCCAAUCCCCACCUAUUCUUCAUUUUCUUGGGCAGAUCCUUUUUCUGGCGAUCUAGCGGAAAGUUACUUGCCAGCCGAUGAAACGCCAGCAGACGUCUGGCGGGGAAGGGCAAAAAGUGUCAAGCUUGCCUUCUUACAUGGAUAUCAUGGCUAUGAAAGAUAUGCUCAACCCCACGACGAAAUUCGUCCCCUCUCGAACGAUUUUAUAGACAACUUCAAUGGGUGGGGUGUCACAAUGUAUGAUUCUCUAGAUACCAUGCUACUUAUGGGUCUGGAGAAUGAAUACAACCGCGCAAUGCCUUUCAUAGAGAAGACUGUGUUCAGCCUGCCCGAUGGUGAAUUUGCGCCUUUUUUUGAGACGGUGAUAAGAUACCUCGGAGGACUGCUGUCUGCGUAUGCUCUUAGAAAAGACGACCUUCUUCUUAGACGUGCGGAUGAGCUUGCUGAGAAGCUAGAUCAUGUCUUCGCAACCCCUAGUGGGUUUCCACUUUUUGGGGUAAACCCAAAUGGAAAUGUAGUUGGCCCCGAGAUUGGAAUACUUGCUGAAAUGGCAAGCUUGCAGAUGGAAUACACGGCCCUCGCAAAGUUUACUGGAAAAAAGCGAUGGUGGGACAGGGCCAAUACUGUGAUCAGGGCAUUGGAUAAAGCGGAUCUUCAUAAAACCGGGGGAAUGUUUCCCAUUAGGUGGAAUCUGACCUCUGCUCAGCCUUUUGAUACACACCUUUCUGUAGGCGCGCAAGCCGAUAGUACACAUGAAUAUCUGCUCAAGCAGUAUCUUCUGACUGCUAAGGUCGACAAGGCUAACUUGAUAAUGUAUCUUCGAGCUACUACGCACAUAAUCGCAGAACUUCUAUUCUUAUCACCGAAGCGGCAUCUAUUAUACGUAACAGACACUACUUUCUCGACAAACGAGCACAGAGGGCGGCCAUCGCAUACUUUUGAACACUUGUCUUGCUUUUUACCUGGUCUCCUAGCGCUUGGUGCACACACUCUUCCUCUUGAUGAUCUUGCAAGUCUCGGGAUAGAUUUGAAUGAGAUUGGCAAUGAAUCGAUGUUUGGGAUAUCUGGAGAAGGUUACAAACUACUCGCGGGAUAUAAUCUCAAAUCAUUACACAUGUGGGCAGCCGAAGGCCUUGCUCAGACCUGUUGGCUCUCAUAUGCAGACAUGCCCACUGGAUUGGGCCCGGAUGAAAUGGUCAUGCACACUGCGGGUGACGACCGGUGGGGUAAAACUGUUGAUGGUUUCAAGGAUGGUGGAGGAUAUUUAUGGAUGGACGCGAUCGAAAAAUGGAAAGCAUCCGGGGCACGUGGUGCACCCCCGGGGGUUGGUGACAAGACACCCGUUAUCUACACAGAGACAGAGAGGUUGCGAGGGAGUGGACGAGCAAGAGAUUAUUCCAUCAGGAAGUCUGGUUACUUACUGAGACCGGAGACGCUCGAGUCACUCUACAUACUUUGGCGGACAACGGGUAAUAACAAAUGGCGAGACAGAGGAUGGAAAAUAUUUGAAUCAAUAGAGCGCCAUACUAAAACUCCCUCAGGAUAUGCCAGUUUGCGAACAGUGGAGGUUUUACCUGCUGUGAAAGACGAUGACAUGCCCAGUUAUUUUUUUGCUGAAACUCUCAAAUACUUAUACCUCAUGUUCAUUGACACAGACCCGAUACCGUUAGACAAAUGGGUUCUCAAUACCGAAGCACAUCCCUUACCGGUAAUCGAAUGGAGCCAGGCAGAGAAGGACAAUUUUCAUAUCCCAUAA